AUGGGAUUUAAAGAAUUUCUCGAAGUAGCUCUAGUCCUUUUCCUGAAUCUGUUGGUCUUGAUUACUUUCCCAGCCAAAUUACCUGAUCCCCCCAAACAAGCUACUAAUCCACUUACUGGUUUCCCGGAGUGGCAUGAGGAAAAAAAUGAUGAAUUUCCCGAACAAGAUCGAUCAUAUGGCAUUUUAACUUCAGUAGUGACCCUUAUUGCAGCAAUCGUUGCUCUAAAAAUCACCGCAAAAAGUUUAACGAGUCCUUCUCCAUGCAAUUCAUACUUUUACUUCAAAAGUAACCCACCUAUCCCAGCUGGGCUAUUUAACCGUUUAUUAGCAUUCUAUAGUUUAUCAACAUUUUUUACUUCAAUAGCGUAUUAUGUGUUUGAUGCGGGAAAAAUUUUCAGCAUGUUUGGUGCCUUUCAUAAUUUCCUUGAGGUUGCAAUUAUGUUGUUGUUGCAUAACGGUGGAAAGGUCAUUUCCUAUUUGUGGUAUUUUGGACUGUUGAGCGUGUAUUUUAUAGUGGUGCAAGCUGGAAAUAUUUGGUUCCCAUGGCCGUAUGAUGCACUGUGGUUUAAAGGACAAGGUCUUACGCAAGAUUACGCGCUUUUAAUCCUUUUCUUCCGAAUUUAUUUCCUCACAAGAAGGAAUCUGAAAGAUGAAGCAUCAACUGAAUUGCCAAUAACUCGUGAUGAAGACGGAGAGGAACAACAAACCGGUGGCGAGAAUGACGACAAUGUUGAUGUUAAUUACUUUCCACCAGUUGUCAAUCAUCCUCGUGAAUAUUUAUUGAUACUCGUUGCAAUUUUUAUUCAUUGCGCGGGAAACGUUACGAUUACUUUUUAUCCAUCAGACAAUAUGUUGAAUGCCACGCAAGCCCGAAAACGUAUAUAUCUCCCAGAAAAUCCACCCUACAAAGUUUGGUCUAUUGCUUUGUGGGCCUUCCUCUUUGCUUUGAUUACAAUUAGAAUUGCUGUGUUUAUAAUGCAGAAACAGGCGAAAGAUGAUGAUGGUAAAAAUGUUGUUGAAACGAUGACAGUAACAUUUCUAAGAAAAGAAGUGAACAAUGAUAUAAAACAAUUGAUUUGGCCGUCCUCUUCAACGAUAAUCUGUACCCUUUCUUUCUGGCAGCGAUUGGUAUUAAUCUUUUUAAAAUUAUCUGCAUUUUUCGCGUAUAAUAGCGCACGUCUUCCACAAUUUCUAGGUGGAAGUGGCUAUCCAACUGAGAAUGUGGAUAUAAUACAACCAUACCUUCCUGAUAAGAUGCUCUCGCCACAACGUGAUGAAUCCGGUGAUGGCAAAAAGUUGGAUAAAGUGGCGGUUGUAAUUCCAAUGCACCUUAAUGAAGAGAGAUCAAAGACUCGGAUGAAAAGAUUAUUGGAGCAAUUAGCGUGGCAAACUUGUGUACCUAACAUUGUGAUCGUGGUUGAUGAUUGUUCUUCUUGCCAAUAUCAAGAUUCAGAAAUUUUGCCUGAGAAUUAUGAACUUGCUGUGAAAAUUGAGAAAUUGAAAAAGCGUGUGGGAUUCGCUUUUGCCAGAAAUCGUGGAAUCGACAUCGCAUCUAAACAUUAUUCACCUACAAUGGUGCUGUUCACUGAAAUCCACUGCCUUCCAGAUAUAAAAUGGAUAGAACAUGCAUUAGAAGCCUAUGAUACACGUAAAAGACAACGUGGCUUUGAUAGGUUUCUCUUAUGCGGUCAAACACGUGCAAUUGGAAACACAUUGUUCGACUUCUAUCACAACAUCAACGGAACUUUGAAUGGUCGAUUUCUCCCGCACCAUGACUUCUCAAUGUUAUACGGAACGUUUGUCAAUUUUGCAGCUCCACUUCCCGUCGUCAGUCGCAUUCGAUUUGAUGAUGGUUUUAGCGAAGGCGCUUUUGAUGAUGUCGAGUUUUUUGUUCGAGCGAGGGAAUUUGAAGUUAAAACCUUUCCUAUUCCUGAUAUGAUGGUUAAUUAUGAUUUUGGUUAUUGGGGUAGUGAUAAUAAUGAUAUCAAGUAUACUGUUAAUAAUGUUAAUGGUGUCUUGGAAGAUCAAGAAGAGGGGGAGGAACAAACUGUUGCAAGAUGGAAAGAGUUUGUCUAUUUUUGUAGGAACUAUGUAAUGUUUUUUCGUCUUUUCCGUAAAUUUGGUGUGUGGCAUCCAUUAAUGCUGGCAAAGCAUCCCGAAUUUACAAAUUAUCUUGAAAUUUCUCAAGAGAUUUCCAUAAGUUAA